AUGGAGGACUACGAAAAGCUCGAGAAAGUAGGCGAAGGUACCUAUGGCAAGGUAUACAAAGCGAAAUGCAAGAAGACAGGCAAGACGGUAGCUUUGAAGAAGACUCGUUUGGAGAUGGAGGAAGAGGGAGUUCCUUCGACAACCCUUCGUGAAGUUUCUCUUUUGCAAAUGCUUUCCAAGAGCGUGCAUGUCGUGCGAUUACUGAACGUCGAGCACAUCACCGAGUACAACAAGCCCAUGCUUUACCUGGUCUUCGAGUACCUGGAUACCGAUCUCAAGAAGUACAUGGAUGCGAUAGGCAAGGGCCCAAGCCACCCGUUGGACCCCAAGAUUGUGAAGAACUUCAUGUAUCAACUCCUCAUAGGAGUUGCUCACUGCCAUAGCCAUGGAGUUAUGCACAGAGACCUUAAGCCGCAGAACCUUCUUGUCGACAAAGAUCGGGGCUUGGUGAAAAUCGCUGAUCUUGGAUUGGGCCGCGCAUUCACUGUUCCUAUCAAGAGCUACACACACGAGAUUGUAACUCUGUGGUAUCGAGCUCCGGAAGUACUCCUUGGCGCAACCCACUAUUCCACGCCCGUGGAUAUGUGGUCGGUUGGCUGCAUAUUUGCGGAGAUGGCACACAAGGUGCCGCUCUUCCCUGGCGAUUCAGAGUUGCAGCAGCUGCUUCACAUCUUCAAGAUGCUUGGAACUCCCAACGACAAAAUCUGGCCUGGUGUUUCGAAUCACCGCGACUGGCAUGAGUUCCCCCAGUGGAGUGCCCAGAACCUUGCUCGGUUUGUGCCAGAGUUGGACGAGAACGGUGUUGAUCUAUUGAAGCAAUGCUUGGAGUAUGAUCCCGCCAAGAGGAUCACUGCGAAGGAUGCCCUUCAGCAUCCUUAUUUCGACGACUUCGACAAAUCGCAGUUUGAUGCUCUCUUCUGA